AUGUUGUCUAUAUUACUUUCCGUAACACUUAUUCUUCUGUUGUGUCCGAAUGGAGCAAGUGGCCAAAACAUCGUCUGUAUGAUGUUGCAUUGCAAGGACGAAUCUAAGAACUGUAUGUUAGACUCAGACUGUCGAUCGGCACUCGCAUGUAUCACGGGUUGUGGGACGAAAAACGAGACGUGUAUGUUUGACUGCCUGUACUCCUACGAGGAUGACGUGUUCGACACCUUUAUGAAGUGUGCAUUUACGGAAUAUAAAUGCAUCACCAUGGUUUCGCCAGACCCUGAUUUCCGCUGUAAGCCUCCACAUUUACCUCUGAAAACUCUGCCUGCACAACAACUCAAAGGUUCGUGGUAUAUCGUCCUUGGACUGAAUCCGAAUUUCGAUUGUUUUGACUGCCAAAUUACCACGUUUUAUCCAUCGAACAAUUCAAAUUCUUUGUUUGUGAACGAACAUUUUGACGUGCACACCAUUGAUGGAAAGCUGAAGCACAAAUUGGUUAACGAAACCGCUAUGCAAAAUAAUGCAUCGUUUCAAGGACUGCUGGAGUAUAAGAGCAUGCAAAUGGGACACGAGACGACCACAGAGUGGAGAAUUCUGUACCAGGACCCAAAGCUAAGCUAUAUGAUUGGAUACUACUGCGGUCACGUGGCUUCCGACUGGUACUACGAAGGGUCCGUCGUCUUCUCUCGGAAUCCUGAGCUGAGUAGUGAAAUUAUGACAGAGGUUAAAGGUCAAAUGACAACCCUCGGUCUGCCUGUCGACCAGUUUUGUGCACCGAAAACAUCAAAUUGCUUUUAA